AUGGAAUACAAUGAUUCCAAAACAAAAGGCAACAAAAAGGACCUCGAAAAGGAAGUCGAGGAAAUUGAAAGUGAAACAAAAUUCACUGAUAUCAUGGCAAGAGCAAAUGAAAUGAUAUUCAUGCUAGAAGCAAGAGCCACAGAAGCAGCAAAUCAAGCUGAUAAAUUUGCAAGGAAGUUGGGAAUAGAAUUACACAAAAACCAACGAAUAGUAACGCAUUUUGAAAAUACAAAUAAUCGAUCGCCACAAACGGGAGGUGCCAGAACGGGAACAGAUCAAAGUAAUGACGAAACCUUCACCUCAGGUGAUGCAAUAUGGUUGUCAGAGGAUCAUUCUGAUACUAGCAGAGAAACGAUCGAAGAAGAUUUCAUAUGUAGAACUCUCAAACUAAGUCAAAUGAAACUUUCUAGGUUUUGGGCAGAUGAAGAAGAAUUUCCAGAUAUCUCGGAAGUCUAUGAAACUUUGGUACAUCAAAAUAAAGUACUCAGUACAGUUGAGAAAAUGCUUCCUCUCACAGAGUCUUCAAGGAAGAGCAGAAAUGACCAUCAAAGGGAUACAAUUAAUUCCCCAGAAAUAUAA